UGUUAUCUUCUCCACUUUUAUAGUACUUGAGAGUUUCAGUGAGUAGCUCAAAACAGAAGCGAAUACAAUGGAGAAGAACACUCUGCUGCCGCUAAUAACCGCUACUAAGCUUCUUCUCCUUCUCCAUCUCCUUCUUCCUGCAGUGACUUCUCUCUCCCGGCCGCUGAAUAAUCCCAACGUGAUCCAUGACGACUGCUCCGACAAGUGCGGGAACGUCACCGUCCCGUACCCUUUCGGAAUCGGCCGAGACCCCAAAUGCGCAUUCUCCGACGCCUUCCUCCUCAAUUGUACUUCCCCAGCCGCCGCUCGCCCUGAAGUACUCGUCUUCCGCAACAUCACCGUCACCAAGAUCUCCGUCGAGGAAGGCACCCUCUCGGGCUUAAUUCGCGGCGCCUACAGCUGCUACAACAAAUCCGGCCCGAUGAGGCCCUACCGAUAUUCCAAUCAGUCCAUCACGCUUGGCGACGGCCCAUUCCGUUUCUCCAACGUCCACAACAAAUUCACGGUCUUCGGCUGCGACACCAUCGCAUUGAUCAUGAGCGGCGACUCGGGCAUCUUCAUCGGCGGCUGCAUCUCCUUCUGCGACGGCGUAUCCGCCGCCGAAGCCUCGCGGCGGAUUUCCGCGGCUUCGAACUCGUCGGUCUGCCCCGGAAACGGGUGCUGCCAGAGCUCGAUCCCCCGUGGAUUGAAGACGCUGGACUUCAAGGUGGAAAGCUCGACGAACCACAGCCACAUCUUGGACUCGAAUCCUUGUGAUUUCGCGUUCCUGGCCGACGACAGGGAUUUCGAUUUCGGCCGUGUGAACCUGAGUGAGUAUCCCAAUUGGAAUCCGAGCAAUGCGAGCACCGCGAUCGAGUGGGUGGUUGAGGAGAAGCAUUGCAAGGAGGCGAGAUCGAACUCGAGCUCGUACGCUUGCCGCGAGAAAUCCGAUUGCGUUUACUCCGGCAAUGGGAAUGGUUACAGGUGCUUGUGCAGUGCUGGGUACAGAGGAAACCCCUACCUUGGUUGCCAAGACAUCAAUGAAUGUGAGGAGCCAGAGAAGUAUCCAUGCCAUGGACGUUGCAAGAACACAGAGGGGAACUACACUUGUAGUUGUCCAAUUGGGAAGCACGGCGAUGGCAAAGUUGCUUGCCAAGUAUCUUGUGUUACGACCAUUGUUGCAGUAACUGGAAGCAUCAUCUUGCUAUUCACGACCGUUCUUCUGACCUUCAUCAUGUACAGACGAAGAAAGCAAGAGAAGAACUUCUUGCUGAACGGUGGCAUGCUGUUAAAGCACCAAAGAGUGAGAAUCUUCAGGGAAUUGGAGCUCUCGAAGGCCACCAACAGCUACGACGCCACCCGCCUCCUUGGCCAAGGAGGAUUCGGCCAUGUCUACAAAGGAAUCCUGCCCGACAACACCCUCAUCGCGAUCAAGAAGCCCAAAAACUCUCUCGUCGACAAGUCUCAAACCAUCAACCAAGAAUUCCAGCACGAGAUCGCCAUCGUCUCCCAAGUAAAUCACAUUAAUGUUGUCAAGGUAGUAGGACUCUGCCUCGAGACCAAGCUGCCACUCUUGGUCUACGAGUUCAUCCCCAACGGCACCCUCUCGGACCACAUUCACCGGCAGAGAUCGAAUCUGAUGUCUACAUGGACAAAUCGGCUGAGAAUCGCGACGGAGAUCGCUCAAGCGCUCGAUUACUUGCAUUCCCUGGCGAACCCACCAAUCAUCCACGGGGAUAUCAAGUCGACCAACAUUCUUCUUGACGAGGUUUUCCGCGCCAAAGUCGCCGACUUUGGCGCCUCUGUUCUAAUCUAUCCCGACCAGGCAACCGCCAUGGUUAGUAAGAUCCAGGGGACGUUGGGCUAUCUCGACCCGGAGUAUCUCGUGACUGGAGAUCUCACUCCGAUGAGCGACGUCUACAGCUUUGGAGUGGUCAUGGUCGAGCUUCUGACGGGGCGGAAGCCUCACUCUGUUUUCUCGUCGAGAACAGAGGAGAAUGGUAAUCUCAUUAUGUGUUUUUUGAAUUCGGUGGGGGAUAGGAAUUUGGGGAGUAUCGUAAAUCUUGAGGUGAUUCGAGGAUGGGAGAUGGAGGAGAUUGAGGCGUUCGCUGAGGUGGCACGGCGGUGCCUGAAUUCAAGCGGGAUUGAGCGACCGGCGAUGAAGGAGGUGGCGGAGGAGCUUGGACAGCUGAUGAGGAAAUUGAAUGAACAUGAUCGGACGGGUGAUAAUGAUGGGGAGGAGGGGACUGGUGGUGAAUCUUUUUCGUCUAUUAGUGGGUGUACGGAAUUUUGGACAGGGAGGACGGAGCGGCCGGCGGAGGAAACUCAGAGCAUAGUUGCUGUGGAGUAAAACGCAGAUUUGCCGGUGAUGAAAGCAUGCCGGGGCACCAAGACAGGGCUAUUGGGCUUGAUACGUCAGGCCCUAAACUAAUUGAUAAAAUGGGCUAAACAAUGCAGCAGCCCACAUUCUUCUUCAUUCACGUGGCAUAGGGCCCACUUAUCUUUCUUUUCUUGUAAUUGUGCAAUUUCUACCAGAAUGGCGUAUGUAAAUUAACAUUUUCGCAUAUCUCACAUUGUUAGAUUCCUUAUAUUUCAUCAACAAAGAGAUCAUAACAAACCCUAUUGAAUUUGUGAAUAUAAAUUUGAGAAAAAACAUUUAGAGUCAGUAAGAUUUUUAUCAAGAAUGGUAAGAUACGAGAUUUUAUAGGUUUUACAGUUUUGUAUAGUAACCUAGAACAUGAAUCCGCAAUCGAAUGUACCUAAUCAAGUAUUCCAAUUUCCAACAUUGCUUUUCUUUUCAGGCAAAUUCAUGAAUCUUGGGAGAGUGAAUCAACACAUGAUAAAUACCAACAUUAAUAUUCCUUAUUUUGCAAUGUAUCCUGCAAAGAUUCCCAAAAACCAGUAACCAAUCAUGGAAUCUACACAGAAUCUGGAACAAAAAUAAAUAACCAGCUAAUUUCACAUAGCAUACACGGCAAAUUAAUUAAGGAGCUCCGUAUAAGGAAAGGAUUUUUCUUAUUUGUUUCUUGUAAUAAACAUUCUGUACUACUCAAUUCAAUGAAGGGCGCAAAUUGGG